UUCUCUUCGUUCUGUACAUCUUCAUUGUUGAAUGGGAUAAGAAAGUUUUCUGAAAUUUUAUCUUGGUAUCAGAGCCAAAAAGGCUUACGCUGAAAUGACGACCGAAGAAACCGAAAAUUCAUCUGUUCCUCCACAAGUGGUCACAAAUGUGGCUGUCCCAACACCAAAUCCUUCACCACAAUUUAAUACCUCCUUUGGUCAUCCCCUGGGCACUGUUUUAACAGUAAAGUUGGAUGACAAAAAUUAUUCUCUUUGGAGAGGAAUGGUGCUCGCUGUCUUAAGGGGUCAAAAAUUUGAUGGGUAUGUGCUGGGAACCUUGGCCAAACCACCACAGUUUCUUGUCUCACCAGAAACUGAAGGAACUUCAGACCAUCUUCAAGUGAAUCCUGAAUAUGUGGAGUGGCAAGCAGUUGAUCAAGCUCUACUUGGUUGGCUUUUUGGAUCAAUGACUCCUUCUAUUGCCUGCGAUGUCGUUGACUUCAGAAGUUCAAGAGAAGUAUGGAAAGCUCUUGAGGAUCUCUAUGGAGCAACAAGUAAGGCACGCAUAAAUCAGUUGCGGAAUGUUCUUCAAAAUACCAAGAAAAACUCUCUGAAGAUGUCAGAAUAUCUUGGACUUAUGAAACAAGCCUCUGAAAGUCUCAAAUUAGCAGGUGAGCCUGUUGCUUUUAAUUAUUUAAUGUCUUGUGUACUCUCAGGUUUAGAGGCAGAAUAUCUUCCAAUUGUCUGUCAAAUUGAAGGGAAAGAUUCAACUUCAUGGCAAGAGUUGUUUGCUACACUAGUGACGUUUGAAAACACUUUAAUGAGGCUAAAUAUUGUUUCUACCGCUACUGCUGAGGGCAUCUCUGAUGGGAGUGYUAAUUAUGUACAUUCAAAGCAAAAUUCAGUUGGGAAUAGACAGUUCCAUCAGUCUCAAUCAGGACAAGGACAAGGAAGAGGCAGUUACAACUCAAAUGAUGCUAAAAACAACGUGAGAGGAAGAGGUCGUGGCAGAUUCAGUCCUUAUAGAGGAAAUAACUCUAAACCAAGUUGUCAACUAUGUGGCAAAUAUGGGCAUAUAGCAGCUGUUUGUUACAAAAGGUUUGAUGAAAACUUCAAUAAUUUGUCUAGCUCCAACAACAACCGUAAUUCUGCAUAUAUGGCUAUCCCAGAGAUUGUUGCUGAACCUAGUUGGUUAGCAGAUAGUGGGGCUACAGAUCAUGUCACUUCAGACCUCUCAAACUUGAAUGUUAAGUCUGAUUACAAUGGUAAAGGACAAGGAAACAAAGAAGGUGGUGCUGCACGGAGUUCUCAAAGAUGAACUAUACCAAGUCAAGUUACCUCUCCAAACCAGCAAUCAAAAUCAAAACCAGCAGCGUUCAAUGUCUUCUGUUCAACAAUGUUUAGCUAGCAACAAUCUGUCUUUGUCUACUAGCAAUAGGUUCAAUUCUGCUUUUGUUACACAAUCUUAUGUUUCUUCUUCCAAAGUGUCGUUGGAUGUUUGGCACCAAAGAAUAGGACACACAUCCAACAAAGUCCUUGCUUCUGUUUUAAGUGUUUGUAAUGUAAAAUCGACUGGAAAUGAAAAACCAAGCUUUUAUGAUUCGUGUCAA